AUGUCAAGCAGUCUUUACAAUAAAAUAUGGAGGGAUACACAAGAAAAGUUAACUGAUAUACUGGCUCAUGAGCCAGACGCAGAAACACAAAAGCCUGAAAAGGACCGUGCUGUAGCAUUCCAGACUCUAGCAACAUUUUACAUAAAGUACAUACAGAUAUUUCGAAAUCUUGAACGAUGUUAUGAUCAAGUUGUUCAUCCUCAAAAGAGACGUCUUCUAAGAAUCCUUUUGGACUCAAAGAAGCAUAUACUUAUGUUAGGGGGUUUAUCUCCCUUGGAACACUUGUAUGUGCCUUAUAAAUCAGUACUCCAAGUCACAACUACCGCGCUGGAAGUUCUCGUAUGA